AUGACUGGUGCUGUGGGGUCCGGCGGGGAGGGCGGGGCGGCCGGGGGCUGGAGCCUCACCUACAGCAAGGCGGGCGUGGCGGUCUGGGUCCAGCUGCUCGAGCCCGACAAGUCCCUGCACCGCAUCAAGUGCAAGAUGGAGUGCAAGGAUGUGGCAGCGGAGACCCUCUAUGACGUGCUGCACGACAUUGAGUACCGGAAGAAGUGGGACACCAACGUCAUCGAGACCUUCGACAUCGGGAAGCUGACGGUCAAUGCCGACGUGGGAUACUAUGCUUGGAAGUGCCCCAAGCCCCUGAAGAACAGAGACGUCAUCACCCUCCGCUCCUGGCUGCCCAUGGGAACGGAUUAUAUUAUCAUGAACUACUCCGUCAAGCACCCGAAAUACCCUCCGAGGAAAGACAUGGUGAGAGCCGUCUCCAUCCUGACGGGUUACUGGAUCCAGGGCAAAGGAGCCACCAACUGCGCCCUCACCUACCUGGCCCAGGUAGACCCCAAAGGUUCCUUGCCCAAGUGGGUGGUGAACAAGUCGUCGCAGUUCCUGGCUCCGAAGGCCAUGAAGAAGAUGUACAAAGCCUGCUUGAAAUACCACGACUGGAAGCUGAAACACAACCCGCACUUCAAGCCCUGGCUGUUCCCCGAGCAGAGCACGCUGCCCACCGUGGCGCUUUCCGAGCUCUCCAUCCAGCACGCCGACUCCCUGGAGCACAUCGACGAGAGCGCGCUCUCCGAGACCAAAGACGACCGGGGCGAAGCCAGCGACGAAGACAGCGUGAAUUAGGCCGCGCUGCCCCCCUCGCUUGCGCGUGCCCCCCCCCCCCGCCCGCCCCCCACCCGACUGGGUUUAUUUUGUCUGUGUAUGCCAUGCGGUUCGUGUCUCUCUCUUUCUCUCACACCGUGCACGCUUGUGCGUGCUCACGCACUGCCGGCCGACGCGCUUGGGCGCCGUUGGCCACGUUUUGUCUCAUCGGCUGGCAACCAUCCUUUCCCUUGAUGGGUUCUCCCAGCCUGAGCCCGGCUCGUCCCGGGGGGGUGCCUGGGGGAUGGAGCUGCCUUGUGCGGGAAAGCGCAUCCCUGUGGCCUAAAGCGAGACCCAGGUAUGUUCACAGGGUCUUGCAGGGGCACGACCCGCCUUCCCGCCUCGACCCUCUCCAUGCACCAGCAGAGCCCCCUUAGAGCCGGGCGUGGAUGGGGGAGAGAGGGCAGGGGGCAUGAUCCCCGGAGGGUGGAAGGAUGUGGACUAGGACCCCUCAUUGGGGGCAAACUCCAAGUGACCUUCAGAUGGAUUCGGACCUCCGCGGCCUGCUGCGGGGUCUGCCGCGGGGAGGGAUAGGGAUGGAGCCCCCACCCGGGCCGAGAAAUCCCCACCUCCCCUUCUCGCUCGGCCGGAGCGGGACAGGCGGUCCCAGACAGCCGUGCGCUCCCCGUGUUGUGGUCUGCGGUUUCCUCUGCUCUCGUGUAAACACUUAGAAACUGCCUUUUCCGACUGGGACCAGCCCGGGUCGGGCCCCGGUUCCCCGGGGUGUGUGGGGAAAGCGGGGUGGGGGGCUCUUAUGUUCGAGGCCUUGACUCUGGGUUUGGAAGCCUGCUCCUCCACGGCGGGGCAGGGGAGGAGAUUUUGUACCUCCAGCCGGAGGAGUGGAUUUAGGAAUUAAACAAGUAAAUCGGG